AUGUGGAAUUACACUCCUGCUAGUAAAAUUUGUCAUAUGAGAACAUAAAUGGAAGUAAAAUAAUUACUUAAUUGCAGGCAUAUGAUAAACAUUUAUAUAGUGUUAGAAAUGCUAAAUCGAUAGUUAAAACAACUACUCCUUAUAAACCAUAUUUUUUGUCAGUUUGUAGUCGAUAUCAAAAUAAAUAUGAGUAAACAAUAAUAAUGAUUCCUUAUGAUAUAGAGAAACAAUGAGAUUAACAAAUGCAAUUCAAUAUUAUUUGACAAAAUACUUGAUAUUGAUAUUAGAUAAGGAGAUUUAAGUUAAUCAAAAAUGAAAUAAAAAUUUAAGUUAAAUAGUACAAGUCGUUAAUCAACUAAUAGAAACAGAGGUUUAUCUAUAGAUCUAGAAAAUAGUGUAUAAUGAAUAACUAAUAAUAGAAAAUUAGUGAUAGGAUUCAAUCAGCAAAGAGUUAAUAUUCUAAAUAAAGAUAAUUAAGACAUAGUUCAUAAUUUGAAAGAUAUAGUAAGAAUAUCUCUUAGAAUGCAAGUUAAAUAUAUAUCUUAUAAAUUAAUAGGGAGAUCAUCUCAUUAUGAUUUCAAAUAGCUAUUAUUAUCAAAAUCUUUUGAGCAUAAACUAAAGAAACCUUUACUUAGAUCUUCAUAUGUAUCAAGUCAAAACUAGUAUUCAGAACCAAGUCCAUAUUAUUCAGAAAACCCUUAGGUUUAUUUUUGA